GCUAUUCACCGAGAUUCAUUUGCAGACUGCAUGGCUAGCUGAUGGCUAGCUGAUGGCGAACGAGCAUGCGGAUGAGCAUGCGGAUGAGGGCGAGGCUAAGAUGGUGGAUCUCGAGCUGGUAGGCAUCAACGGCGAGAGCUUCCCUGUCCAUGUGCCACUCUGGUCGCGAGGCUACGAGAUCCGACGCAUGGUCAGUGACCGAACCAUGGCCAAGCCAGGUGCCUCGAUCUCUUUGUUGCAUCAGAAGUUCGAGCUAUCUAUGGCAAAGAGCUUGCAGGAGCAAAGCAUUCCUUUGGGAGCUAACAUCUCCUACUUGUUCCUCCCAACCAACGUGUUCUCCGCUUGGAAGUUCUUGAACGGUUUCAUGGUCGAUGAGCGGGAGUGCGCCUUGGAAGGUGUCACUCAGAUUGAAGGCGCCACCGACGCCGUGAUCUUCCCCAAGUCCUUAGCGAAGUUGACCAUCCGUCAGGACUCCAACCAGAGCUUGGAGAUCUUUGAUCUUCCAAAACAUUUGCGGGAGCUCGUCAUCCACCGCGCGAAGGACUUCAGCUUGGAGGGUCUUCAUUUGCCAGAAGGUCUUGAGAAGCUGGUCUUAGGAAAGCAGCUGGAGAAGGGCUACGAGCAUUUGAAGCUUCCAAGGAGCCUUCGGAGUUUGAGUUUUGACUCUUACUUUGACCAGAGCUUGGAGCGGAUGGAACUUCCCAACCGAUUGCAGUGCUUAAACUUCGGCGUCCACUUCAACCAGAUCUUAGCGCCGGAAAGCCUGCCAAGGGCCCUCAAAAGUCUGACCUUUGGGGAUACGUUCAAUCAGAGCUUGGAUGACCUCCAGUUCCCAGAGACCUUGGAACUGCUCUGUUUGGGCCGAAGGUUCUUUCAGCCAUUGCAGAAAGUGAGGUUCCCUCAAGGCUUGAAAUACUUGAGCAUUGACAACCAUGUGAAGGAUGGAUUGGACUCGGUGCAUUUGCCGAGAGGUCUUGAAACGUUGAUCCUUGGAGGUUUCUUUGACCAAAAGCUGGACAAUGUGCGAUGGCCAAGCCGACUUCACACGUUGAAGUUCGGCAACGAUUUCAACCAGCCGAUGGAAGAGGUGCAACUUCCUGAGAGUCUUCAUACCUUAAGUUUCGGACUGAGCUUUAAUCGGAGCUUCAAGCUGUCAAGCCAGCUGGUGAUCUUUUCAUUGGGUGAUUACUUCGUUCAAGAUUUGACCGCCGUGCACCUUCCAGAGACCUUGCGGGAGCUGACGCUGCCCAGGAAUUUUGAUGAGCGACUCGAUUUGUUGAACUUGCCGGAGAACCUCGAGUCAUUGACCUUGGGGAAAAUGUUCAACCAGAGUGUCGAUGGCCUGGAACUUCCGCGAAAGCUGAAGACCUUGACCUUCGGUUACAUGUUCAACCGGCGAAUGGAUCGAAUUCUGCUGCCGCUGGAUCUGAAGAGCUUGACCUUCGGAGUGAGCUUUCAUGAGAAUCUGGAUCGGGUGCGUUUUCCAUCCAGCCUUCAACAUUUACAGUUGGGCCUCAGCUUCGACUUGGAUUUGGAUCGAAUGCGUUUGCCCAGUGGUCUUCAGAGCUUGACCUUGUCUUCUCCGGUGAACAACAGGUUCAGCAACAUGGACUUUCCCCGUGACUUGCAGACACUGAACUUGAUCAUUGGAUUUGAUCAUCCUCUUGAUCGGGUGGACCUGCCGCCCAAUCUCAUUUGCUUGAAUCUGGGAAACGCCUUUGAUCAAGCCAUGGAACAUGUCAGGCUACCCGACUCUCUCCAAAGCUUGAACAUUGGCAAUCGCUUCAAUCACAGCUUGGAAGGCCUGGUCUUCCCAAAGUCCCUGCGGAGCUUGAACAUAGGCACUGGCUUUCAGCAAAGCUUCGAGCGCUGUAACCUUCCCAGUGGUCUCCAGAGGCUAUGUUGCAGAGGGCUGAUGGUUAGCUGCACAUAGGUGUACAGAAGGUAGUAGGUACAGUACCAUAUGUUUUAAUACAGUAGUCUGCUGAGCUGCACUGACAGUAAGCUGCUCAUCGUUUCACUCCAAGAACACAAACCCUUGGCUGCACACAAGCCACGUGUGUUUUUGCAAUGCGCUUACAAAACGAGUGUUUUCACAUCAAAGACUCAAAGACACA